GAAAACGAUGAUUUCAAAAACAAGGAAAAUGUCACCGAAUUUCUCCCCUUAUUUCUACCGCUGUCCGUCUUCCAACCAAACCAAUUUCUCUGUCUUCCUCUCGCUCUCUGAAUCGCUCUUGCAUCUGUAGACGCAGAUUCACUGCUUUCGACUCUGUAUAGAGAUCGGAGUGGUCGAUCUCUAGUUUCCGUCGGAUCUGGUGUUCUCCGAUGGCUGAGUUCUGAUCUCCGACCGCAAUGCCACUCGAUCCCUCUCGAUUUCUGGCCUAAGUUUCCCUUGAAUCGGUCUAACAGCGGAAAUGGUGAAUCCUGGGCCUCUGACUCCCGGUCAGGUCUCCUUUUUCCUCGGGAUUACUCCUGUUUUUGUAGCGUGGAUAUAUGCUGAAAUUUUGGAGCACCGGAAGAGUUCUACUCGUUCUAAAGUAGAUUCAGAUGUCAACUUGGUUGAACUGGGAAAUGAGACAAUUAAGGAAGAUGAUAGAGCUGUGCUGCUGGAGGGAGGUCUCCAACCUGCUUCUGCAAAAGCACAUGGUUCAUCGGUAAAAGGAAGCAUACUUAGGUUCUUCUGGAUGGAUGAGGCAUUUUUAAUGGAGAACCGCAUAACAUUGAGAUCUAUAUCAGAGUUUGGGGCUAUACUGGUUUACUUCUAUUUAUGUGACCGGACCGAUUUAUUUGGAGAGUCACAGAAGAGUUACAGCAGGGAUCUUUUUCUAUUUCUCUACUUCCUUCUCAUCAUUGUUGCAUCCAUGACUUCUUUCAAAGUCCACCAUGACAAGUCACCGUUUUCAGGCAAAUCAAUACUUUAUUUGAACAGGCAUCAGACGGAAGAGUGGAAAGGUUGGAUGCAGGUGCUAUUUCUAAUGUACCACUAUUUUGCUGCCACGGAAAUCUACAAUGCAAUUCGCGUGUUUAUUGCUGCCUAUGUCUGGAUGACUGGUUUUGGAAAUUUCUCCUAUUACUAUGUCCGCAAGGACUUCAGUUUUGCACGUUUUGCUCAGAUGAUGUGGCGCCUUAAUUUCUUUGUAGCUUUCUGUUGCAUCGUCCUAAACAACAACUAUAUGCUCUACUACAUCUGUCCCAUGCACACACUGUUCACUCUUAUGGUGUAUGGUGCACUUGGAAUCCUGAACAAGUACAAUGAAAUUGGUUCAGUUAUUUUUGUGAAAAUAGUGUUGUGUUUUUUAGUGGUUAUUUUAAUCUGGGAAGUUCCUGGCGUCUUUGAAAUAUUCUGGGGGCCAUUAACAUUUCUUUUAGGGUACAAUGACCCCAAUCCAGCAAAGAAGCAGUAUUCACGGUUGCAUGAGUGGCAUUUUCGGUCAGGGCUUGAUCGAUAUAUUUGGAUUGUUGGAAUGAUUUAUGCAUAUUACCAUCCAACUGUUGAAAGAUGGAUGGAGAAGCUAGAGGAAACUGAACUUAAACGUAGAGUGACAAUCAAGACAACAAUAGUAACAGUGUCUCUGACGGUGGGAUAUUUAUGGUAUGAACACAUAUACAAACUGGAUAAGGUUACUUACAACAAAUACCAUCCGUACACAUCAUGGAUCCCAAUAACUGUUUACAUUUGUUUACGAAAUUUCUCUCAGCAGUUCCGCAGCUUCUCAUUAACCCUUUUUGCAUGGCUUGGCAAGAUUACACUAGAAACAUACAUAUCACAGAUCCACAUCUGGCUAAGAUCUGGGAUGCCUGAUGGACAACCUCGAUGGCUUCUGUCUUUCAUUCCUAAUUACCCCAUGCUCAACUUUAUGCUCACUACAGCCAUAUAUGUUGUGAUAUCAUACCGUCUAUUUGAACUUACAAACACACUGAAGAGCGUGUUUAUUCCAAGUAAGGACAAUAAGCGUCUGACAUAUAACCUGAUUGCUGGUGCUGCGAUCUCCCUUGUCCUGUACUGUCUGGCCUCUAUGUUUCUUCAGAUACCUGUUUUCCUGGCAUGAGCACGUAUCAUAGGCAUAGUGGUGUUCCUGCCAGGACAUUUGAUGCUUGGAUUGGCGUUGUUCGUCCAGAAUGCCAACUUGUAAAGUGGUAGCUGCCCCCACAAUGAGAAUGGGCUUCCCCGGUGAGAUUGUUAGUUACGAUUAGAUAGAAGUGUAUUCUUUGUAUAGUUGAGGAUGAUGAGUGCUGAAUUCAGCCUCUGUAGAAGCCUACGUGUGGUGGGUUUCAUUGAAAUCCCCAAUCUUGUAUUACUGGCCUUGUUUUGGAGCACUUGAGAAAGAAUUGCUGCUGAUAAUGCAGUCUUCUUUUGAA